CAAGACUAAAGGAGUUGAAUUUUAACAGUAGACAGGGUUUCAAUAUGGAUUAGGCAAUUCAAGACGAUUAACUUCGACAAAUAAGAUCUACAUCGUGGGCCUAAAGAGCUGCUGUGACGUGAAAGAAAUAAUUUUUCAUCAUGAGUAUCCUGAAAAUUAUUUCAGAACGUAAAUUGGAUGAAAGGAUUUUAUCUGGUUUGCAAAAACAAUCCUUGACAUGUUUAGAGCAAAAUACUCCGACCGAGAAAACCAACUAUGGUAACUACAAACAGUACAAGUUUUCGUCUAACACACUGGAAGUGUCAGGGACUAUCAUAUUUACAUUGGAAUCCUGUUCAGAUAAAGAGCGUGCCUCGCUUGUGGAAGCUUUUUGUACCGAUGAUACACCGUACGUAUCUCUGCCGAUAUCAAUGCUUGAAGAAGAGGACAACAAAAGUCACAAUACAGUUUACAGAAAUGUUGACUUCUACUUUAAAGUCAAUGAAAUCAUCAAUGCUACUAGAAAGUUGGUUGAUAAGCCAAAUAUCUAUCUUACAGCACGCAACGCCACCACUGUCAAGGAAACCAUGCGCAUUGUACAGGAAGUUGUAGAAGCCGAAAACGUUGACAUCAAACCAUUCCAGGUGUCAUCAAGAAAUGACGAAGAACGUCUGAGAGAGGAACUCCUCACUCAUCGACCCUGCAAAGUCAUGUGCUGUGUCGACAACAGUGCGAGGAACAUCAUUUUCUCACCCACCGAGCCUGACGAAGCAAGCCACAUUGUUGACGCUGCUAAGGAUGUUUGUGGAAAGAAUGGAAUAUUUCUUCUUCUUCGUGGUCAUCGUGGCGUCAGAGACGACGAGCUCUACGACACACGGCAGUUCAACACAACAUUUCUGGGACGUCAACCUAAGCUACAAGAACUGGUGGAAGCGGAUCAGUUCGUUAGUACGUAUAGUGACUUGAACGGAAAACAGAAGAGAGCUGUGUUAGUAUGGGUCUGUAGGCAGCCCGAUAACCCAUCGCCCUCUGUAAAACCCAGAAGCGACAGCAUCAAUCAAUGUGAACCUGCAGAAGGUGAAUGUGCUGAAAAUGUUCCACAGGAUGAAAAUUCCUCCUUUUUCUCACGCUUAGAGUCAAUUAAUUGCCUUUUGUCCUAACAUUUUGGAAAUCUUUGUAAUGAUCAAUCUCAUGUGAUAAGUAACUGCUUAUAC